GGGUAUUCAUGAUUAAAGGCAUGAAGACUUGAUCACUUCAGUCAACACUCAUCAUAGUGUCUUUUAACAACCAUAAAUAGAGACUCACACACAUGUAUCAUGCACACACCAAGCAUAGGUGGCAACUAUUGUGUUCAAGAAUUUCUACACUCAAACAGGGAAUUAAAACAAGAUGGGACCUACAAAUUCAUCUGUUGCAGCUUUAUCUGAAAGUGAAUAUGAGUUGGUGAAAAACAUCAUCGACAUUGAAGUCUUAGAAGAGUUAAAUUUAUCUGAUUGUAGCAUCUACAAAGUUCCUCACAAUCUUAGAGAAGUGGAACCAAAAGCUUACACUCCUCAUUUAAUCUCAAUUGGUCCAAUUCACCUUGAAAAAAAAGAACUUGAACCGAUGCAACAACACAAAAAAAGGUACUUCCAUUUCUUCUAUGAACGUGUAUCCAAUCAAGAAACCAUGAAGAAUUACAAACUCUACCUUGAAAACAAAGAACAAGAAAUCAGAAAAUGUUAUGCAGAGAAAUUUCCAAACAUAAGCAAAGAAAAGUUCAUAGAAAAUGUGUUGCUGGAUUCUGUUUUCAUCAUGGAACUUUUGUUAAGAAACCGUUCAUUUAAAUCAGAUGGAACAAAACAUGAACAUGAUUACGUGGCGAGCAAGUCAUUUAGAUUUAAACACAGUGAUGAUUAUAUUUUAACACAAGCUUGGUUAAGCAAAAGCAUAACAAGGGAUUUGAUAUUAUUGGAAAAUCAGUUACCUUUUUUUGUUUUAAUGAAGCUUUAUGAUACUGUUGUCCCUAUUGACAACAAAAAAACAGAACAUGAAAGUUUUCUUGAUCUUGCACUUGAGUAUUUUGCUUUCUACGAUACUCAGAAAUCUUCUUCACAAGAAACUAAGCUUGUUUUGGAUAAGAAUCAAACUAAGAAAUAUUUUUAUGUAAGUGGUUUACUUGGUGAUGUUGGUAAUUCCAAAAAGAAAAAAUCUUUGAAAAAUAGUACUCAUCACAAAGAAAGGUUUAUUCAAGGUCCAAAACAUUUCACUGAUUUAAUAAGGUUUUUUUACCUUCCUUCUGACUUAGGAAAAAGUGGUUGUUCUCAUACUUUUCCAAGAACAGUGACAAAGUUAAUGGAAUCUGGUGUGACUUUUGAGAAAGUUGUGGAAAAAAGAUUACUUGACAUAAAAUUUGAUAAGAAAAAGUUUCUAAGUUCUUUUCUAUGUUUAGGUUGUUUACCAUCUUUUUCAUGUUUGAAUCAUUUCAAAGCACGUUUAAGGAUACCACAAUUGAAAGUUGAUUACACAACAGAAUGUGUUUUAAGGAACCUUAUUGCAUUGGAACAAUGUGAGUAUCAAGAACAACCUUAUAUAUGUAACUAUGUUUCACUUAUUGAUUCAUUGAUUCAUACACAAGUUGAUGUUGAUAUGUUGGUUGAGAAGGAAGUGAUUGUGCAUGAAAUGGGGAGUGAUAAGGAAGUAGCGGUUCUGGUGAAUGGACUUUGUAAACAUGUUGUGGUGAAUUCAACAUGUUAUUAUGAGAUUAUUAAUGAGCUUAAUAAACAUUAUCAGAAUAUUUGGAACCGUACUAUGGCUGCAUUGUGGUUGGUGUAUUUCAGAGAUGCUUGGAGAGCUAGUUCAACUUUGGUUGGGAUUGCUUUUCUUGUUUAUACUGCUUUCAACUUUGUUCGUCUUGCCAAAUUUCUAUUCAAUUAGAAAAUAAUAUGCAUUUCAUAUGUGUGUCUUUUGUAACUUAUUGCAUGUAGGAAUCAAUGAAUAAAUUAGUAGUGUCUCAUCUUAUGUAAUCUAUUCUCAAAAUUAAGUAUUAAAUUCUGAAUUGUAAUUGUGUCACUAUUUACAAGCUAUUGAACUUGCCUUAACCUAAU